UCAACAUCUUUCUUUGACUGUUAAAAACCUGUCAAAGCUUGAUAUCAAAAUUUUAUCUACUAAAUUACAAUACCUUUAUUCGGAAGAAUCGACAGCCACGGUGUGGAAUUGUAUUAAAUCGAAACGAAGUAAAUAUUUGGAAAUCACUUUAUGUCUAAGAAAGAAGGUAAAGGUGAUGGGGGAGGAGGAGCUAAAGCCCCAGACCCGAGCGCGUUUAUGAAGGAUUUCAUCGCAGGCGGUGUAUCUGCUGCAGUGUCAAAGACUGCGAUGGCGCCUAUGGAACGAGUCAAGCUAAUUCUACAAGUGCAACAUGUGUCUAAGCAGAUAUCAGAAGACAAACGAUAUAAAGGCAUUAUCGAUGCCUUUAUUCGUAUACCGAGAGAACAAGGCCUGGCGUCUCUAUGGCGAGGAAAUUUGGCCAACGUGAUUCGAUACUUCCCUACACAGGCUUUAAAUUUUGCCUUUAAGGAUGUCUACAAAAAGAUUUUUCUCGAGGGAGUUGAUAAAAAUGCUCAAUUUUGGAGAUAUUUCGCUGGUAAUUUGGCCUCUGGUGGUGCUGCUGGCGCAACGUCUCUGUGCUUUGUGUAUCCGUUAGAUUUCGCACGAACCAGGUUAGCAGCCGAUGUCGGCAAAGGAAAAGCGAAAGAAUUUAAUGGACUAGUUGACUGUUUGAUGAAAACCUUAAAAACAGAUGGACCUUUGGGCUGGUACAGAGGAUUUAUAGUGUCAGUUCAGGGUAUUAUAAUUUACCGAGCGACUUACUUUGGAUUAUACGACACUGCGCGAGGAAUGAUCGAUACGAAAAAUACUUCACUAUUUUUAACCUGGUUACUUGCACAGACUGUAACGACGAUCGCCGGCAUCGCAUCGUAUCCUCUGGACACGGUGAGGCGGCGAAUGAUGAUGCAGUCUGGACGACCGGUACAUGAACGCAUUUAUAAAAAUACCCUACAUUGCUGGGCAGUCAUUCUUAAAACAGAAGGACCUGGUGCAUUCUUCAAAGGCGCUUUUUCAAACGUCCUUAGAGGUACGGGUGGAGCGUUCGUCUUAGUGCUGUAUGAUGAAAUCAAGAAACUGCUCUGAAUUUGACAGCUCGAAAAGCUGGAGGGCUCGUUUGGAUGGACAAACAUUACCUAAAUACAUUUGAAUACCUAAUUUUUUUAUUAGUGUAUUUAAAGCAAACGUUUGUAGUGAAUGCUGGAUUAAUAUUUAAUAAAUUAUAUUCCAUUUUA